AUGGAGUACUGGUCCCAUCAAAGCUUCAUUCCUCAAGUUAGGCUAUACCUGGCUGAUUUGGACAUGGAGUUCAAGGUCUUGCUCAUAAUGGACAAUGCUGGUGACCACACACUCAAUCUUUAUCACAAGGGAGUCCAGCUCAAGUUCCUCCCUCCCAACACCACCUCUCUCCUCCAGACUAUGGACCAGGGCAUGAUCCAUGCCUUCAAGGCAUUCUACACCAGGAACUCCCUCCAGCACCUUGUUGAUGCAAUGGAUCAUGACAGUGAAUUUACUCUGAAAGCCUAUUGGCGUAACUUCACGAUUGCUACGUGUCUAUCUGUUAUCGACCGGUUGCUGAAGGACAUGAAAAAGGAGACCCUGAAUGCAUGCUGGAGUAAGUUUUGGCUGGACUGUGUCCAUAAUUAUACAGGCUUCUCUCCCCAGAAAAUCCAGCAUUCAGCCAUUAAUAAGGUGUUCCAGUUGGCAAGAAUUCUUAGUUGUCAAGGCUUUGACGAUAUCACAGAGGAUGAUGUCUGCACCCUCAUUGAUGCCCGCUCUGACCCACUGACAGAUCAGGAUUUGGAAAACCUGACAAAGUCUGCCAGCGAGGAAGAAGACACUUCAGGUUCAGGAGAGGAGCAGGAACAGGAGGAGGCAGCCUGA